AAGUAAAUGCAUAUACAUUUAUAUAAAAUACUCCACAUAUUUACCAUAAUCAUAUUCAUGUAAAAAUACAUGAAAACCUCCAUAUUUUUUGUAUGAAGAAAUGGAAAACUAUCUUAGGAAAUGCGAGAAGAUUAGAAGAGAUAAUGAUGUGGAGGUGACGAGUUCUUUAAGCUCAUCAACAAAGAGAAGAAAAUUUGGUUCUGCUAAUUUUAGUGAUAAUUCAACUUCGCCGGCUACAUCUGUAACGUCCGUUAAUAUUCCGAUGAAUUAUUCGCUGUGCUCGAGUAAUUGUAAAGAGUCUGGUGAAGUUAUGAAGAGUAUUUUCAAAUCGUUAGAUCUGAAGCUGCAGGCCGAAGGAUUCGAAACUGACAAUUCAGCUUCUUUUAACGGCGCUUUCAGUGAAAGUUUCAAGCAAAUUGAGCAUUGUGGAAACUCGGAAGAAAUGGAGUCAUCAUCAACCACAACGAAAAAAUCCACGUCAGCCGUUAAUGCUCAUCGGAAACUGCCGUCUGCGGCGGCGAAGAUUCCACCGGAAGCGGAGAUUGAAGAGUUUUUUGCAGCAGCAGAAAAGCGCGAGGAAAAAAGAUUCGCAGAAAAGUACAAUUACGAUAUCGUGAAGGACGUGCCAUUAGAAGGACGUUACCAGUGGGUUAGUUUGAAGCCUUGAAGAAUUAAUGAAUCAAUGAAGAAAAGUUGCUGAUCAAAUUUACACGGCGAGGAAUCCAAUACUCUGAUCGUUUAAUUUUAUUUCCAUUUCUAGUUUUAGAUGAGCAUUUACUACUAUUUUACUGUUUCAGCUUAGUUUAGCUUUAUGGGUGUACAGCCAUUCGUCUUUCCAUAUUUGUGUAAAGAAGCUAUUUAUGUGAAACUCCCUUGAUUUUAGUAGUGCCAUAACUGAACCUUCUUUCUGCAAA